AUGGUUCCGCCUCCGUCACGACAAUCACAUCCCCAAUUCGUGGAUCGACAAGCUAUAAGUGGCGAGGGACGACGGUUUGAAUUUGGAGAUUUGGGGAUGUCAUAUUUGCAAACAAGCCCCCUAAAAAUCUCACACAUUUUCAAUUUCCUGCUUUUCUUGCUCUUCUUCUUGCUUUGCCUCCUUCAAGCCACCCCCCACAGACUCUUCCCCAAACAUUUCAUCACUUUCCAAAACACCAAACUUCUCCUUACUAUCCCCUCUCAAGAGCUCAACCACCUCGAGCAUCGUGGGCCUUCUCUCGGGCUGACUAUUGGCGCAAACAAGCCCGAUCAAAACAACCCUUUUCAUCUCUUCCUCCGCGUACUUCCCCUUCAGUCUUGGAUCCGCCAGCUCAUCGAAUUUCCUCUCGUGGACCAACGGCAAGGCCCAUUCAGUUAUGGGCCGCCGAAGGCUUGGGCCCACCUUCUCAAGGGGCUUGCGGCCCGUGGCAAGCUCGAGCAAGAGGAUUCCAAAGCUAUAAACGUCACAAGCCUCGGAGGCCUUGCCAAGCAUGGCGUACUCGGGAGCAAGGUAGCCGAGGGUUCCUUUGAUUUGGGUGGUCACGUGGGUUGCACCUUCGGGUACAAGCCGUGCAAAACCGAAGUCCGCAACUUGGGCCUUGAAGCCCGAUACUUACGCAAUGCCCUCACUGGCCCCAAUAGCGAUUUCCAUCCGCCUGGGCCAGUCGAGAUGAGACUCGGCCGAAUGCUGACCGUGAAGAUGAGACAUCAAGCUCAGAUUAGUCAUGUAAUCAUAGACGAUAAGACGUUCUUGCCCUUCCGAACAAUAGCCUCGUAA